GUGAACUACACGAUUUCCCAGAAGAGCCCCGUCCAACUAAGCAAAUGGGGCUUUUUGACAAGCUUGCAGGAUGGCUGGGCCUAAAGAAGAAGGAAGUGAACGUGCUGUGUUUGGGUCUGGACAACAGUGGAAAAACUACCAUCAUCAACCAGCUAAAACCAUCCAAUGCUCAGGCUCAAGACAUUGUCCCAACUAUAGGAUUCAGCAUAGAAAAGUUUAAGACCUCAAGUCUUUCUUUCACAGUGUUUGACAUGUCAGGACAGGGAAGAUACAGAAAUCUGUGGGAACACUAUUACAAAGAGGGGCAGGCCAUCAUAUUUGUGAUUGACAGUGGAGAUAAACUUAGAAUGGUAGUGGCAAAAGAGGAACUGGAUACCCUUUUGAAUCACCCUGAUAUUAAGCACAGGAGGAUACCUUUACUCUUUUUCGCCAACAAGAUGGACCUCAGGGAUGCUUUGUCAGCAGUAAAGGUCUCCCAGCUUUUGUGUCUGGAAAACAUUAAGGACAAACCAUGGCAUAUCUGUGCUAGUGAUGCAGUGAAAGGAGAAGGUCUUCUAGAGGGUGUAGACUGGCUGCAAGAUCAAAUCAGAGCGAUGAAAACGUAAAACCCUCCUGAAAGAAAAAAAAUAAAAUAACCUCCAAGGUCACCUGUUACAAUGGCAAAACCUGACAAAACCAGAUCUUCAGCUUUGGGCACAAUGACAGUGUGUGUGAAUUUAAAAUCAGUUCAGUUUUACUGUAAUAAAGACACUGUGUAGCUUUAUUAUGACCCUAUUUGCACCAACUGUCAAUGUCUCAAUUGAUCACAAAUGGUUAGUUGAGAAAUCUUUAUAAAUCUCAUCACAAAAGUUAUUGAUUAUUAUUUAUUAGCAGGUUCUCUGUUGUUCAGCAUAUAUAAGCACACUAAAGAAUUAACACUAAAAAUGCAUUUCUGACUACCACCUCUAAAAAAAACGUUCGGUAACCUUUUUAUCCAGUGUUGUUUUAUCCAGGGGCUGUUCACAAUUGUCAUCUUUUGUUCGUGCAAGUUCGUUUUUUCCAAAGUAGGCGAUGUACUUUGCUAUUCCAGGCACACCGCCUUAAAAACAUCUUAACUUUUCAGAAUGCUACAAGUGUACAUGAAAAGAACUGACCAAUCAGCUUAUUACUUUGUAUAGAAAAAA